AUGGAGGAAGAGAACGUUGACUGGACACAGGUGUUUGAUCGGGUCAAAGGUUCAAUCUUUUUCAUCCAGUUUGCUCCGAAACAAGACCAGCUUGAAGAACUCCAAAUCCUGGCUGAUGAGGUCAAGACAGUAAAAGAUAAAAAAUCACGAUACGACAAGGUCAGGAAUGGUCAUUCUUCUACUGGUUUCGCCUACUAUUCUAGACCAACCGGACUGCUAAUCAUGACAAGUGCACACGGAUUGAGCCAUCUUUUCAAUGCGUCUCGGCCUUUGACACGAGAGACAUUGGAUAUGAUGGACAUUACUGUCUUGUGUGAUCACCAGGAAGAAACUAUUCAAGAAGCUAGGUUGGUUAAUGCUGUCAGGAAGUAUGGCACUGCAACGGUAGCUGGGGUUGACUCAAGUAAAGAUACGAUUGUUCUGAGUGUUGAGAACAGCGGCCUCAAGAAUUACUCAGACGAUGGCGUAUGCGCCCAAGCACACCCUGCCCUUGAGAUCUCUGCCAGCACUCCAACAAAUGUAUUGGAAGUCGACAUGGGGUACAACAUGAAUGUAUUGGAAGUCGACAUGAGAACUGCCGAGAGCUCGUCUGGGGCGCCACUGUUCAACUCAAACGGCGAGGUCAUUGGUAUUUUGCAAGGGAGAUUGAGUCGGACCCGCUCGAUCUUCGUGGCGGGGUCGCAUCUGCAUGGAUGGGUCCAAGCGGCUCAUCGCGCAUGA